AUUAUGACAGCGUGCCAAUUACAAAAAAAUUACAAAAACAUUAUAGCAUAGAUCUGUGACAGCUACGAGACGAGAAAAUCGGAAGAGUCUGAAUUGCGAGAAAAAAAAACAAAUUUCAAAAUGUCCAGCAUAUUCAAGUUGUUGGAUACGAUUGGUGAUUCCGAUAGAGAACAACUAACAAAUCCUCUUGUAAGAUCUAAAACAUACAAUGAGCUUAAACCGAAUAAAGGAGGCAUGGAAAGUGCCAAACCAAAGGGACUGUCGUUACGAUCCCAUUCUGACAUGAACGUAUCUCAACGUGUGCAUUCAAGCAGCGCAAAGAGAAACAUAUUGUCUAAUAAGGAUCAGGACUGUCAGAAGCUGAAAGUAACACAAAUAGACAGUAAUGGAUGUCCAAUAUCUCCAGGAAAAGAGACCAAGAAGUUACUUGCACAAUCGUCCAAGCCAAAGGAACAUAAUUCUCUGUCGAAAGAAGAGAUCACAAAUAGUAAAUGUACAAAGACAACACCAAUGUCAAGUACCAAAUUCAAGACACCAUUGCUGUCUAAAAGUAUCACCAAGAAAUUUCCUUAUCCAGAAAAAUUGGCGCAUUGGUACGACGAUCAGCACGAGUUCGAUUAUGGAUACAUUGAUGAGGCAGAAAAUGAAUUUAAAGAACUUCUUUUGAAGGGAAAAGAAAACAUAAUGCCGUACAGAGAAACGGAAGAAACUAAGUUUAAGUCAGAUUCAAGACCACCCAUUGUUUUAGAAAUUCCAAAACUUGAUAGAUGCUUUAAUGACGAUUACAAGAAGACCGAUCUGCUGUCCCUUGGCUUGCCUGAGGUAUCCGAUCUAUCUGAUGCGUCUGACGAUGAUACGUGCGAUUUUUCUGUUUGUACUAAUCAAUACUCUUAAAAGAAGGUGUACUUUGUAAUAUUAAUAUUUUUGUAUCUCUUAUUUGUAUUAUUAUCGAUAAUAUUGUUAUUCUGUAAUAUUAUUGUAAUCUGUGGUUUGUGUGUAUACCCCUUUUUUUUUUUUUUUUCUAUAUAUAAUUACGAUAAUGUAUUUCAGUAAAGUGAAAAACCAUAAAUUUUUAUAAGAAUAAACAAUUUAUAUAAUACUUAG